CUGAGCUGGAGUGAUAGCGACCUACAAGAAGCCGUAGAGACGUGAUCAGAGAAGGAUGGCCUGUAGGACGUAAACUACAUAGUAUUGUUAACGUUUACAAACGGGAUUGCGGGACAGCGCAUACGUAUUGAUACAAUCAUGGCUGAAAAGAAAAAUGACGACUUGAGUCUAGUGAGUGACAAGUUUACCGAGGAAGUUCUGACGGAUAUUCUCUGUAAGACUUCCGGCAAAAAGGUGCAACUUACGGAUUGGAAAUUUGGUGAAGGAUUUACCAAAGGUGACAACUACUUGUCAACUGUUACCAAAGGUACAUUAUAUGGUGUUACGGAUGAAGAGGUGAAACAAGAGGUACAAGUUAAUUUUGUUGUAAAGUCCAUUCCGAAGAAUGUCGGCCGCAGGAUCACUUUUAGAAGCGCAGAUUUCUUCUCCAAUGAGAUUAUCUUCUACACGCAGAUAGUUCCUAAGUUUGAGAAAUUCCUGAAGGAGAAAGGACAGAGUGAUCUGUUGCGCAUACCUCGUCACCUAGCCUCUUAUAUGGAUGGUGUAAAUGAUUUUAUAGUGAUGGAAGACCUAUCUAUCCUAGGAUUCGGGCCUGCUUCAAAGCAGAACUGUAUAGAUUUGGCAGAAUGCAGUGUGAUCUUGGAGUCAUUGUCAAAAUUUCAUGCUAUUUCGUUUGCGUUCAGGGAUCAAAGGAAAGAGGAGUUUGCAGAGAUGAUCAACUGUUUGAAAGAAACUUAUUUUGGUAAACAUAACUGGGACUGGUACCAAAAAUUCCACAGAAGGCUGUUAGAUAUAGCUAAACAUGCGCUAUCCAUUGAGUAUCCUGACAGUAAAGCUUUGAAGCAAUUUAAUUCCUACAAGUUUGGUGCGCUCUAUGAUAUAUGUUCGGAAUUGGUGUGUCAGAAGAAACACGUUCCCUCAUCUGUCAUAUGUGCGGGUGACUGUUGGGCUCCGAACUUUUUAGUUCGGAACACUGGCCAGAAUCAGAAGGAAGCGUUAUUACUCGAUUUCCAGUUAGCACGUACCGCCAGUGCUAUCACGGACUUAUCAUUCCUCAUUUAUUCGUGCACUCAAAAAUCGUUUCGAGAUCAACAUUUUGACAAUAUCUUGAAAACUUAUCAUUCCUUGUUGAGCGAUGCUAUUAAAACUCUCGGAUCUGACCCGGAAAAGAUUUAUCCGUGGGACUUGUUCAUGAAAGAAGUGAAGGAGAAUUUUGUCUUUGGUAUGGUCUUCUCAAUCGAAGCGGUUCCAUUCGCUUUAUUGGAUCCGUCUGAAUCGUUUGACUUGGAUGUUCUUGUCAAAGGUGACAAGGCGGUGAAUAUUGUCGAUAUAUGGGUCCUAGAUGACAUUAAAACAUCAAGUGGAAGGCGGAGAUUAACGGAUAUUAUAGUUCAUGCUGUUGAACAUGGAUAUUUAUAACGUCGAUAUUUACAAGAAAACGUCUUUCUAGAGAAUUAGUGUUGAUAGCAUGAAGUGAUCAAACGUACGACUGACGUAUUUCAGGAAAAAAAAUUGUAUUUUUAAUAGCAGUUUCCGAGCGAUUGUAUCAUUACUUAGAAAUUGAUAUUGUAUAAUUCGCAAGAAUUAGACAACGAAACGCUUCAUUUUGACUAUUUAUACAAACAGUAUGAAUUUAGUUCCUGGCUCUCCACGAGAGGUCUCCGUAGUCCACUACUGGCUUUUAAAAUGAAGUGCACUCACGUGCUUGGAAAAUGACGUUUUUAUACAUAAUCUUUAUUAAAUGUGCUUGCAUUAAAUAAAAUAGAGACAAUCUA